AUGACCGCGCCAGACGUAAGGGCGCAGAAGCUCUCAAUCCAAAAUGAAAUACGCCGGAUAACUGGUCAUGGGUGUCGAUGUCUUUGGCUGUUCAAUGACGGGACGCUAGAAUGUGCCCUGACAGUUCUAAAACCACAUGUCGAGGUCCUUAUUGGAGGUGGUAGGGAGACCGUGAGAGACGGUGGUCGUUUGUUGCACUGUGUGUGGAAGGGAAAGAAGGGGCCGAAGUUUCCAGGGGACACGGUGAUGUAUGUCGAGGCGUCGAAAUGUUUGGGUAAGACUUACGACGCCAUCAUUAUGAAUGACGCCUACUCUCUCACGCCCAACGCAUUCUGUCAAAUAUCAGAGACAUUGAGAACUGGUGGUGUGCUCUGUAUUUUAGUCCCCGGUGGUGGACAGCCUCGGGCGCAUAACAAGUUUAAGACUCCUUUGGUUGGGCAAACUCAGUGGGACUCUCUCAUGGCCAGACGCUGUUGCAAAUUGAUAAAACGUUCUUCCUGCGUUAUUGUUACGGACUCCAGACUUCAGCUGCAACACCCGUCUGGAGACACCUCCAUACUUGCCGCUGAGAUGUUAGCCCAUGCACCCGAGCUGCGGGAUAAUGCCGAGCUGCGGGAUAAUGCCGAGCUGCGGGAUAAUGCCGAGCUGCGGGAUAAUGCCGAGCUGCGGGAUAAUGCCGGGGACAGGGCAGAAAGCGGUAAAGGGCAGGGGAGCGAUAGAGCUGUAGAGCUCAAAGCCCUUUGUGCUACUCCGGAUCAAGAACGUUGCUUGCAGGAACUCCUGAGGCUAUCCGAAAAGGACCGUUCUCGUGUAGUGGUUACGGCUGCGAGAGGACGAGGUAAGUCGGCUACGUUGGGUCUGUUUGCGUCCGUGAUGGUGGCAAAGAACAAGAAGGUGCUUAUGAGUGCCCCGAAUAAGCAGGCUUUGGAGACGGUCGUUUCCUUCUUCGCUUUGGGCGUCGGAGUUGGACGGGCGGGCGCAGCGACGAAGCUGUUUGUGCCGCCCAGACGGCUGGCUGAUGAUGACCUUGGUGCGGAUGUCAUAGUGAUCGAUGAGGCUGCUGGCAUACCCGUGGCGACCCUGAAGCAGAUCUUUCAGGUAAACAGACAGGCAAUGAUCGUGCUGGCCUCAACAGUUAGUGGCUACGAAGGCACGGGGCGCAGCUUCAGCGUCAAGUUGCUCGACAACCUGCAAGGAAACAUCAAUCAUCUCCAACUGACUGCGCCUAUCAGAUACCGCGAUAACGACCCUCUAGAACGACUAACUUACGACCUCUUUCACCUGGAAAUGCUCAGCGAGUCUCCCAUACUGCCGGCCAAACCAAAAGUCAAAACUGGGACACCUGCCAAAGAGCAAGGCGGGAAUAGUGACGAAAUUGUGAUCGCUCAUCAGGACAAGAAGGCGCUGUUUUCAGGGAGAGAAGAACCUCUACUUCGAGAGCUAAUUUCUCUCUUUGUUCUGGGCCACUACAAGAACUCACCGGAUGACAUCUUGCUCUUGGCUGACAAUCCAACACAUGAGGUGGUUACUGCCACCGUUGCCGGCCAUGUCGUGGGUGCUGUCCAACUGGCUUUCGAAGGGGGCAUUCCAAGUCAGGAAGCGGCGCAGGGAGAUGCAGCUCACGGUGACAUAAUCGCAUGGAAAAUGGCCGAGUGGUACGGGUCUGUCUGGAAGCUGGAAGCUGUCGGCAUCCGAAUUGUCCGGGUAUGCGUACUUGAGGAAUGGAGGAAGAGGGGCAUAGGCAAGAAGCUCAUUCAAGCCAUCACACAGGCGCUGAUUGGCGGCAAUGGGGUUGUAAAAGAGGCAACUGACGGGGCAGCUGCCAGCAAGCUUGUGAUUGAUUCUCCUUAUAGCAAGAGGGUGAGCUGGAUUGGCACUGCGUUUGGCCUCACGCCGCAGCUCUAUGCGUUUUGGAGGGCCUGCGGCUUCGACAUCGUGCAUUUGAGCACGUCCAAAAAUGAUGCGACAGGAGAGGUAUCUUGUAUUUUGCUUCAGAAAAACGAUGCGAGCCAGCCGUUCAUCAAUGAAUUCGUCCACCGAACAGUGCAGACCGCGCAUAUGAGCCCGGAAAAGGAUCUGCCAUCAGCACUGCUCACCGAAAUCCUGUUGGCGAACCCCUCGUGCGUAAAGAUUAUCGCGAACUUGUCGGAAGUCGAGAAGACCCGUCUCAACAACUAUGCGAAACAGAAAUGCGACCGCGCGCUUUGCAGAAGUAUUUUGCCAAAAGUGUGUGCACACACUUUAACGCACCGGUUUAACCUGAGCGCCUUGCAGUGGACGGUGCUCGUAGGCAUGUAUCUGCAAUGCAAAGGGGCCGAUGCUGUAGGGAAGGAGAUCGGCCUGACGGGGGAGAAGAUUCUCAGCCAGCUAACGGCGAUUAUGCCUAAAGUAUUGAAAGCUAUGCAAAUAGAACAGAAAAGUAGCGCCACCCGACCAGAGUGCACUGCCUCCCCGGAAAAGCGGCAGGCUCCUCCUCCUGAGCGCAUUUAUAAGAACAUCAAGCGUCUCAAAAAUUAA